AUGUCACAAUUACAUCGGCCUACAAAGGAAGAGCUCUUGGCUGCGGCGAACGGUUUCUGGUCCAGACUCAAGGUACGCUUUAAGUGGUUCUCGAUACGGAGUGUUAGACCUUUCAAUCUGGAAGAAAUAACUGCUCUCUUUUCGUGGGUUUUGUUGGGCCAUGUGGUAUGGAUUGUUCUAGGUACGACAACUUUUUUCUCGUUGUUGAUUAUUGCUAUCAACACGGUCCUCGCUCAAGAAACCCUUGCUCGUUGGAUAGGCAAUUACCUUACUAGGUCUUCAGGUGUAAAAGUAGUGUUUGAGUCGGCAAUCGUUCCCAGAUGGCGUGAUGGUGUCAUUACUUUUAAGAAUGUUUUUGUCUCCAGAAGACCAGGCCAAGGUGCUGGACAUGUUAGUAAAGGUUCAUCAAAGACGGCUGCUGCGGUCGCCGCUGCUGCCGCACUCAAUGAACAAGCUACCUCCGAUCCAAGUGACCCUUCGGAUCAGUGCCUAUUUCCUGAAAACGAGGACACGAACUACACACAAUUUGAUUUAUCGAUUGAAAUGGUUAACGUCACAUUGUCAUUCACAAAAUGGAUCAACGGUAAAGGGCUCCUCCGUGAUGUUGAAGUAAAGGGUAUACGGGGAGUGUUUGACCGCAGGUAUGUCCACUGGUCAAAUGAUGACUUGGACCCUAAAUCCUACCGGCAUGAGCAUAGUCCUGGAGACUUCGAGAUCGAUUCAUUCAAGAUGAGUGAUGUGCUUGUCUCGGUUUAUCAACCAGACAAUUUCAGGCCGUUCUCCGUUAGCAUAUUUUCCUGCGAUCUUCCGCAAUUGAGGAAACAGUGGCUUUUCUAUGAUUUUAUGUCGGCUAAUAUGAUGACCGGAUCAUUUGACAAUUCUUUAUUUACAAUCCAUCCUCGCCAAACCCACAGUUUUACCGGCCCCCAUUUGGGAAAUGAAGAGGAUGAUGGCAAACGAGACCCUUGGAAGAAACAUAGCAGAAUUCGCAUCGAUGGGCUGAAUGUCGACCAUCUAAACCGCGGGGUACAGGGUCCAUUUUCUUGGAUACACGAGGGAACAGUGGAUAUUGUUGCUGAUAUUAUGUUCCCCGCUGAAAAUGAUGAAAGUUUAACAAAGGUGAUGGUCGAUUUGUAUGAUCGGUUGGAAGCUACAGUUACGUCCAAUCAAUACCUUGAGGAGGUAUCACACUAUUCGGAUCAAGCUGGGGAGACGGGUGUGAGCGAUGAUAGACGGUUUUUAAUCACAGACCUGCGACUUCACUUGAACAACGUUCGGGCUGUUGUGCCUCUGUUUACACGAGAUCUUUCUUAUAUUAAUAAUGCCCUAAUUCGUCCUAUCGUCGCUUACAUCAAUUCACGGCGUACCUUUAUUCCUGUCCAUUGUCGACUCGUCAAGCGUGUGGGCGACUUUGAUGGCAGUUGGACCAUCUUUGAUAGUGGAUUGAUGGAUGACCUCUCGGCAGCGGUGUACGAUGCAUUUGCGCGAGACGUAGUCGACGAACAGGCACGCAAGCGACGUUUUAAGAAGGUUGGCUUUUGGUCCCUCCAAUUAGCAGCCCAGGCCAUCUUUAUGGGAAUGGCUGGAAAUAUAGCAUAA